AACGGGUGACAUGAGCAUGAAACAUGGCGGUAGUUAUGCUCCCUAAUGAUUGGAUCAAAAACUGGGAAAAAUCGGGGAAACAUGAUUUUAUACAGUUGUGUCAGAACAUUACAGAGACAACAGAUCAUGAUCGUACAACACAAGAUCUCCAGACAGUGCUGUAUGAACUGUGUGUGCACAUGGUUAAGGGCAGCCUACAGCUGGACUUUGCCAGCAGAGCUCUCAGUGAUGUCAUAGAACUGCAAGCAGACAUGUCAUCUAUUUUAGCGGACGUGCUUAGCAUUCUAGAUAUAGAGACGAGUGCUGUGGAGGAGAAAGAGCAGAGAGAGCGCUACAUCCAGCUGGUUGGAGCUUGCCUGCUCUUUAUGCCGGAGGUGCUCCUGAAGGAACGUUUGGAUGCUGAGACUCUGGAGGCAGUUGGGCUCAUUAAACAGGCUCAUCAGUUCAACCAGAAAAGUGUCAAGAUUAAAACCAAACUAUUUUAUAAGCAGCAGAAGUUUAAUCUGUUGCGGGAAGAGAACGAGGGCUAUGCCAAACUCAUCACUGAACUAGGUCAGGACCUCUCAGGCAACAUGAGCAGUCAGCUUCUCCUGCCUAGCGUCCAAUCACUCAUCGGUUAUUUUAAUCUGGACCCAAACCGGGUGCUGGACGUGAUCCUAGGCGUGUUUGAGUGCCGCUGGGACCAGGCCGAUUUUUUCCUGCCCCUCAUCAAGUCGUAUGCCUGUGAACCUCACACACUCUGUCACAUCCUGGGCUUCAAAUUCCAUUUCUACCAGGAGCCGAGCGAAUCCACUCCCUCCUCUCUGUACCAGAUAGCGGCGGUCCUGCUUCAGCACAAGCUCGUCCAGUUGGAAGAGCUCUACGUACACUUGACGCCUGCAGACUCUUCCAUUGUCGAGCAGCAUAAACGCUGGACGGCAGAAGCCAAACAGGCCGCACGCAGACUCACCACCGUAGUGCUGCCAUCUGAGAAAAACGACGACAAAGACAAAGAAAAGGAGAGAGAGGAGGAGAAGAGCGAAAAGGUUCUUGAUAAUCAGAAGUUGGGUUUGUUGGAGGCUCUGUUGCGUGUGGGCGAUUGGCACCAUGCCCGCAGUGUGAUGGAUCAGAUGCCCGCUUUCUAUGCCACAUCACACAAACCAGUGGCUAUUGCACUCUGCCAACUCAUACACACCACCAUUGAACCAUUGUACCGCAGGGUCGGGAUGCCCAAAGGGGCCAAAGGUGCUGUGUUUAAGGCCCUGCGUGUGCCCGGUGCCCCGUGCCAGGCCGUGGCGUUUGAGGAUCUGAGGAGAGAUGUGUUCUGCAUGCUGGGUUACCUGGGUCCUCAGCUGUCACACGAGCCUGUUCUCUAUGCCAAGCUGGUCCGCCUGGGCAAAGCCUUCAUGAGAGAGUACCAGCAUGAAAGCAACCCUGAUACAAAGGCCAAGAUGGACCCUUUGCUGAGCUGUUGGCUGAGCAUUACAGAUCAGGUCCUUCUGCCCUCUCUGUCUCUGAUGGAGGCCAAUGCCUGCAUGUCUGAGGAGCUCUGGGGACUCUUCAAACUGUUCCCUUACCAACACAGGUAUCGUCUGUAUGGACAGUGGAAAAAUGAGUCGUACAAUAACCAUCCUCAGCUUGUCAAAGUCAAAGCUCAGACUGUGGACAGAGCCCGAUACUUCAUGAAGCGUUUGACUAAGGAGAACGUGAAGCAGUCUGGGAGACAGAUUGGGAAGCUGAGUCACAGUAAUCCCACCGUCCUCUUUGAUUACGUGCUGUCUCAGAUUCAGUGGUAUGAUAAUCUGAUCUCUCCAGUGGUCGACUCUCUGAAGUAUCUCACCUCUCUCAGCUAUGAUGCUCUUGCAUAUUGCAUCAUCGAGGCACUGGCCAAUCCAGAGAAAGAGAGGAUGAAACAUGAUGACACCACAAUUUCCUCCUGGUUACAGAGUUUGGCCAGUCUCUGUGGGGCAGUGUUCAGGAAGUACCCAAUAGAGUUGGCUGGCCUCUUACAGUAUGUGACCAAUCAGCUCAAAGCUGGCAAGAGUUUCGACCUGCUGAUCCUAAAGGAAGUAGUGCAGAAGAUGUCUGGGAUUGAGAUUACGGAUGAUAUGACCUCAGAGCAGCUGGAGGCCAUGACAGGAGGAGAUUUACUCAGAGCAGAGGGAGGGUACUUUGGUCAGGUGAGGAACAUGAAGAAGCCAUCCCAGCGUCUGAAGGAGGCUCUGCUGGAACAUGACUUGGCUCUGCCUCUCUGUCUGCUCAUGGCCCAGCAGAGACACGGAGUGGUCUUCUCCGAGAGCCAGCACAAACACCUUAAACUAGUGGGCAAGCUGUACGACCAGUGCCAUGACACACUGGUACAGUUUGGGGGAUUCCUGGCCUCUAACCUGAGCACUGAUGAUUACGUGAGACGCGUUCCCUCCAUAGACGUGCUCUGUAAACUCUACCACACACCUCACGACGCUGCCUUCUUCCUCUCUAGACCUAUGUACUCACAUCACAUACAGUCUAAGUUUGAGGAGCUGAAGCGUGCAGACAAAGGCAGCCGCGGCCAGCAGAAGCUCCAGAAAUACGUCAGCGCCUGUGAGAUGGUGAUGUCACCUGUCCACGAGGCCGUAAUGUCGCUGCACCCGCCUCGCGUUUGGGACGACCUCAGACCCCAGUUUUACGUCACGUUCUGGUCGCUCAGUAUGUAUGAUCUCGCCGUGCCGCACGACGCCUACGAGCGAGAGGUCAACAAGCUGAAGAGUCAGGUCAAAGCCCUGGAAGACAACACUGACAUGCCACUGAAUAAAAAGAAGAAGGAGAAGGAGCGGUGCACAGCUCUACAGGACAAACUGCAGGAGGAGGAGAGGAAGCAGCUGGAGCACGUCCAGAGAGUCUUACACAGACUCAAACUAGAGAAAGACAACUGGCUAUUCGCAAAGUCCACAAAGAAUGAGGUGAUCACAAAGUUCCUGCAGCUGUGUGUGUUUCCACGGUGUGUGUUUUCAGCGAGCGAUGCUGUGUAUUGCGCUCGGUUCAUAGAGCUUGCCCACCAGCAGAAAACACCCAACUUCUGCACCCUGCUCUGCUAUGACCGGGUGUUCUCUGACAUCACUUUCACUGUUGCAAGCUGCACAGAGAACGAGUCUCGUCGGUACGGGCGAUUUCUCUGCAGCAUGCUGGAAACCGUCACACGCUGGCACAGUGACCGAGCCAUCUACGAGAAGGAGUGUGGGAAUUACCCAGGAUUCCUGACCAUAUUCCGUGCCUCAGGAUUUGAUGGUGGAAAUAAAGCCGACCAGUUGGACUAUGAGAACUUCAGACAUGUGGUCCAUAAGUGGCACUACAAACUAACCAAGGCGUCCGUACACUGUCUGGAGACGGGCGAAUACACACACAUCCGGAACAUUCUGAUGGUGUUGACAAAGAUCCUGCCGUUCUAUCCCAAAGUGCUGAACCUGGGCCAGGCACUGGAGGUUCGGGUGCAGCGGAUCUGCCAGGAGGAGAAAGAGAGGAGACCAGACCUCUAUGCUCUCGCCAUGGGAUACUAUGGGCAGAUGAAGAGCAGGAAAAUGCACAUGGUUCCUGAGAGUGAGUUUCACCAGAAGGACGUGCCCGUGCGGGGGAACACGCCGGCCCAGCAGAACGGCCCUGGUGCUGCUGCACCUGCCAAACCAGCCACCAGUGCCAGCCAGGACACACCCCCCAGCCACACAGACAACUCUAAAGAAAAGGCCCAGACACCAGCAAAAUCAUCGAAUAAAACCAGCACCAGUGCAGCCAAAGCCCACACCAGCAACGGAGUUUCCAGCAGCACGAAGACUGCCAAGGAGAAAGAUGAGAGUGAGCAUCCUGCAAAAGAGAAGAAAGAAAGGGAGAGAGCAGUGACCAGCAGCACUCCAGAGAGGAAAGGAGAGAGGAAGGAGAGGACAAAGGGAUCGCCCAAGGAGCAGGAGUCACGGAGGAGUGCCACACCCGGAAGAAACACUGCAUCUACUGACUCUGAGAGAGAGCCCAAAAGACGCAGACUGGAUGCACCCUCUCCUCCCCUCUCGUCCCCGGUAAAGGUUAGUAUGGCUUGAUCGACGCUGUGCCUGUUUUCCUGCCUACUCCCACCGGAACAUUUCCCAAGGGAUCCAAAUCGAUCUGGAGGGUUUGCACAGAUUCUUCAGUGUUCCCUUGGUUCAUGGAAGGUUCUGAGGAAUUCCGGAUUGUUCAAGCGAAUUUUGGAGAGCUUUGUGGGAUGCUAGAAGUUCUGGAGAAUUCUGAAGCAUUGUUAAUAUUCAAGGCAACUCAACCUGUUGGAGAGUUUAUGCCACAGGGAGAAUUUUGAAGUGUUAAAGUCCAGUCCACAUUAGCUUAAAUUUUUUGGAAAUUCUCUUAUCAAGGAUGUCAGUCACGGACUUUGUUUUACAUAGUGUAGUUUGAAUUGAAUGCCAGUUAUUUGGAAGUCAAAUGAAGUACCUCAAGAUUUUUGGAUGGUUUUUUUUUCUUUCUUUUUUUGACUUUUUUACAUGGGGCCCUGUUUUUUGGAGUGCACUGUUUGCUUAAAGCAAGAUUUUUGUCAGUUGGAAUUUUUCUAUAUAAGCUAAAGAAUUGAUCACAUGCACUGGUUUGAUUUGUACCCACUACUUUGUUUUGUAUGUUUUUUUGGAGCAUGAGAAAUGGGCUUU